CAUUCUAGGAGUUACAUGAUGGAUGCGCUCUCUGAUGCAAUCAGCACUUUUACUUUGAAUGUUUUUAAAGAAAUUACUGAAAAAGAUAGCUCACAGAAUGUGUUUUACUCUCCCUUGAGUCUCUAUUGUGCCCUGACUAUGGUCUUAGAGGGGGCCAAGGGAAAUACUGCUGCACAGAUACAACAGGUUCUUUCUUUAAACAAAGGUACAGAUGUCUGUCAAAGUUUCCAGUUUUUUCUUGAAGAAGCUAAUAAAUCUGGUGAUCAAUGUCUGCUAAGAAUUGCCAACAGACUUUUUGGAGAAAAGACUCAUGAUUUUAUGUCAUCUUUUAAGGAAUCCUGUCAAAAAUUCUACCUUUCAAAAAUGGAAGAACUUGACUUUGUUAAUGCAUCAGAGGAAGCAAGAAAACAUAUAAAUAAGUGGGUAGAAGAAAAGACUGAAGGUAAGAUUGUAGAACUACUAACUAAUGGUUCUAUUGAUCAACUGACCUCUCUGGUACUUGUGAAUGCUAUCUAUUUCAAAGGAAAAUGGCAAAAUCAAUUUGAAAAACAUGCAACAAAAGAACGAAUGUUCAAAAUCAGCAAGGACAAGCAGAAACCAGUACAAAUGAUGUUUCAGGAAUCCACAUUUUCCAUGACCUACUUAAGAGAAGUGUUUACGAAGGUCCUAGUUCUACCCUAUGUUGGAGGACAAAUGGACAUGGUCAUUUUGCUUCCAGAUGAGAACACAGAUCUAAAAACGUUGGAAAAAAGUCUUACUUCUGAGAAAUUAACAGACUGGUUAAAACCAGAGAGGAUGAAUAAAACUGAAGUCGAAGUUUUCCUUCCCAGAUUUAAGUUGGAGGAGAAUUUAGACCUUGAAUGCAUUCUUCAAAAAUUGGGCAUGUCAGAUGCCUUUGAUGGAUCCAAGGCUGACUUUUCUGGGAUUUCAGCUGGGAAGAACCUAUUCCUAUCCAAGGUUUUACACAAGGCUUAUGUAGAAGUUAAUGAAGAAGGCACAGAAGCAGCUGCUGCCACUGCAGCAGUUGCAAUGUUCCUUUGUGCAAAAAUGAAUCCUCGAUUUGUGGUUGAUCGUCCUUUCCUUUUUCUUAUUCGAGAUAAUAGCUCCAAAAACAUUUUGUUUUUUGGCAAAGUGAUCUCUCCAUAAAGAGAUAAUUUACUCUUGAUGGGGUCUUUACCCUCAUUUUGUUUAUCUCUGUUUUACCCAGAUUCUGAUUUGCCCAAUAUAAUUGCCAUUAUAAUGCAAAAAUAAAAUUCUUUCUGAGAAAUUCUCUA